CCAACGCCGGAGCAGCAGCGUGUGUCUGGAGGCGGGUCUGCUCCCUGCUGAGGAGAGAAGGCGAGCGGCCAAGCCGGGGAGGGCCUGAAUCGGAGGUCUGAGGGUCAGCCUUCGCGGAAGCGGGCCGCGGCCGGGAGGAAUGGUGCAGGGAGGCGCCGAGAAGGAGGUGCCAUCCGUCCCGGUAGGGACAGUGAAUGCGGCUUUCCACCCGGGCCGGCCCGUGAGCUACGCGCCGCGGGUCCCAGCAUGAGUGCGGGCCCCGGCUGCACCAAGCGACCUCGCUGGGCCGUCGCAAGAGGUGCUGCGUCGGCUGCCUCGGACUCCCGGAGCUUUCCCCGCAGGCAGAGGCGCAUCCUUGACCCCAAGGACGCCCGGGUACAGUUCAGGGUCCCACCCCCCUCGCCAGGUCCGGUCCGGAGGCGAGCGGCACUGCACAGAGGCAACGCCAUCUCUCUUGUUUUUAGACAAAAGACUAUUACCAGUUGGAUGGACACUAAAGGAAUCAAGACAACUGAAUCAGAAAGUUUGCAUAGUAAAGAAAACAACAAUACAGUAAUAGAAUCCAUGAUGAGUUCUGUACAAAAAGAUAACUUUUACCAACAUAACAUGGAAAAAUUAGAGAAUGUUUCUCAGCUAAGUGUUGAUAAAUCACCCAUUGAAAAAAGUACACAAUAUUUGAACCAACAUCAGACCACAGCUAUGUGUAAGUGGCAAAAUGAAGGGAAACAGACAGAAGGGAAAAGUGACCCUCCUCCAGUAACUCUUGUUCCAGAGCAGUUUAGUAACGCUAAUAUUGAUCAGUCACCACAAACUGAUGGCCACAGUGACACAGAUAGUGAAGAAAAUAGAGAUAAUCAGCAGUUCCUGACACCUAUAAAGCUUGCAAAUGCCAAGCAGAUUACAGAAGAUGAGCAGGCCAGAAACCAUUCUGUGGAAGAGUCUGCAGGCUGUUGUCAGCAGGAGGAAAUAGAUGUGAUACCAGAGAGUCCAUUGUCAGAUGUUGGCUCUGAGGACAUUGGAAAUGAACUAAAAAAUGACAGCAAGUUGAGUAGACAAGAAAAUAGCCUGGCAAUUUCUCCUGCAUUUGAAAAGGAAAGUGAACCCGAGUCACCUAUGGAUGUAGAUAAUUCCAAAAACAGUUGUCAAGACUCAGAAGCAGAUGAAGAGGCAAGUCAAGGUUUUGAUGAGCAAGAAGAUGGUAGUUCUUCCCAAACAGCAAAUAAAUAUUCAAGGUGCCAAGAAAGAGAAGCUGACAUUGCACUUAAAAAACAGUUCUCUACUAAGGGAGGUGAAAUUAAAUUGCAUUUUCAGUUUGAAGGUGGAGAAAGUCGCACUGGGAUGAGUGAUUUAAAUGUCAGACCAUCUGGUAGUACCUCUAGCCUUAAUAUAGAAUGCAGAAACUCGAGGCAGCAUGGAAGAAAGGAUUCUAAAAUCACAGACCAUUUCAUGAGAGUGCCCAAAGCAGACGACAGAAGAAAAGAACAAUGUGAAAUCAAACAUGAAAGAACAGAAAGGAAAAUCCCUAAGUGCAUUCCACCUCACCUUUCUCCAGAUAAGAAGUGGCUUGGAACACCUAUUGAGGAGAUGAGGACAAUGCCGCGGUGUGGGUCCCGGCUACCUCUCUUGAGACCCUCUGCCAGUCACACAGUAACUGUUCGGGUAGAUCUUUUGCGAAUGGGAGAGGUUCCCAAACCUUUUCCAACACAUUAUAAAGAUUUGUGGGAUAACAAGCAUGUUAAAAUGCCUUGUUCUGAGCAAAACUUGUACCCUGUGGAGGAUGAGCAUGGUGAACGAACUGCAGGUAGCCGAUGGGAGCUCAUUCAGACUGCACUUCUCAACAAAUUCACACGACCCCAAAACCUAAAGGAUGCUAUUCUGAAAUACAAUGUGGCAUAUUCCAAGAAAUGGGACUUUACAGCUUUUGUUGACUUCUGGGAUAAGGUACUUGAAGAAGCAGAAGCUCAACAUUUAUAUCAGUCUAUUUUGCCUGAUAUGGUGAAAAUUGCACUCUGUCUGCCAAAUAUUUGCACCCAGCCAAUACCACUCCUGAAGCAGAAGAUGAAUCAUUCCAUUACAAUGUCACAGGAACAGAUUGCCAGUCUUUUAGCCAAUGCUUUCUUCUGCACAUUUCCCCGGCGAAAUGCUAAGAUGAAAUCGGAAUAUUCUAGUUACCCAGACAUUAACUUCAAUCGACUGUUUGAAGGACGUUCAUCAAGGAAACCAGAGAAACUGAAAACACUCUUUUGCUACUUUAGAAGAGUCACUGAGAAAAAGCCUACUGGGUUGGUGACAUUUACAAGACAGAGUCUAGAAGAUUUUCCAGAGUGGGAAAGAUGCGAAAAACCCCUGACACGAUUACAUGUUACUUAUGAAGGUACCAUUGAAGGACAUGGCCAAGGCAUGCUACAGGUGGAUUUUGCAAAUCGUUUUGUUGGAGGUGGUGUGACCAGUGCAGGACUUGUUCAAGAAGAAAUACGCUUUUUAAUCAACCCUGAGUUGAUUGUUUCUCGGCUCUUCACUGAGGUGCUGGAUCACAAUGAAUGCCUUAUUAUCACAGGCACUGAACAGUACAGUGAAUACACUGGGUACGCUGAAACCUACCGGUGGGCUCGGAGUCAUGAAGAUGACAGUGAAAGGGAUGACUGGCAGCGACGUUGCACUGAGAUCGUUGCCAUUGAUGCACUUCACUUCCGACGCUACCUCGACCAGUUUGUGCCUGAGAAAAUGAGACGUGAGCUUAACAAGGCUUACUGUGGAUUUGUCCGUCCUGGGGUAUCUUCAGAGCAUCUUUCUGCUGUGGCCACGGGAAACUGGGGCUGUGGUGCAUUUGGGGGUGAUGCAAGACUGAAAGCCUUAAUACAGAUACUGGCAGCCGCUGCAGCUGAACGAGAUGUGGUUUAUUUCACCUUUGGUGACUCAGAAUUGAUGAGAGACAUUUACAGCAUACACACUUUUCUUACUGAGAGGAAACUGACUGUUGGAGAAGUGUAUAAGCUGUUGUUACGGUAUUACAGCGAAGAAUGCAGGAACUGUUCCACUCCAGGACCAGACACCAAGCUCUAUCCAUUCAUAUACCAUGCUGCUGAGUCACCUGAGGAGACGGCUGACCAGCCUGGACAAAGGACAGGAACAUGAUGUGCUAAUAAAUAGAACAGCCUUCACUUCUUCCAGAUGUCCUGCUGGAGUUGUCCAGUGUCCCGUGAGCUGACUCCAGUGGAGACUAGCCUGUAUAUAAUCCACAUUUGUAAUCAAGGGUCUGGUCUCUCUGCACACAUGCAAUUGUCAUAUGCUCCCACCAUCCUGAUCUACCUGGGUUUACAUAUGUUUUCUUUCCAUUUUCUUGUGUUUCGCUCUUCAUUCUUUGAUUUGAUUAAGGUCUUGUGAAACCUCAUGGAAGGUUGUGCUCAGCUACGGCAUCUUUUCCUGUCUGUGUACAAUGCCAAUUGCUUCUGCAGCUAGUGGACACAAAUGAGCCUGGAAAGAAAUCUAGCAAUCUCUGUACUGGGGCCUUUCUCCCUGUGGGCCUUUCACCCCCAACUUUUGGUAGGCUUGCAAUUUUUGAAUUUUGAAAAUUAACCAUGUUACAUAACAAAAAUAUCCUAGGUUAAAACUGUCACCUAUUUAAAACAAUAAGUUUCAGAACUAGUUCCCUUGAAUCAUCAACUUUGUCCAUUUUUAUUGGUACUGUUUUGGAAAUUGACCGAGAUAAAAGAAAAUGGAGGACAAAAAGAGUUUUUCUUGUAUGCUAUAAAGAAAAUAGAUUUAAGAGAAUUGAGGGUUCAUUUUCAUUGUUGUUUUCUUGAAAUUUCCUUCUUUUUAAAUUAGGAUCAAUGUUGUACUGUGGUGCUUGAGGCAUAUUUCUAUAACCAAAGUUUGGCAACUGGAAACUUCAUGCUGAUUUGUACAUAUUGAAGUUUCUGCACUACUCAGAAGUUAUCUAAUUGAUGUUUUCAUUAAUAAAUCAUUUGUCAGAACC